GUGAAUUAGACAGGUUGGAUCCGCCCUCUGCAGACAGUUACACAAACACCACUAAAGGGAUCUUCAGUAAUUCUUCUAGACUACAGGCUCCACAAACACGUCCCUUUCUCUGCUACUUCAAGGUAACUCAGAUGACAAUUUCUUUACUGUGUAGAAGCAGGAACAGAGCCAGAGGCUGGCCUCAGAAAUCUGUUUGCUUCUUGGGUUUUCCUGGUGAAGCGGGGAAAUCAACUGGGAGAAGCCACAAAAGGUCAGGACCAACGACCCAAAGUCCAGUUCAAUCCAAUAAGGAAGGAUGUGGGCUCAUGCUGUUGGGUUCUCUGCCUUGCCUCAUAUCGGGGGAUUUCUUGGCUGGUUCUUGACAUGGAAGGAAGUGCCUACUUGGUUCGAAAGCCUGAAGAAACCCUCUUGGCAUCCACCCAACAAAAUGUUCCCCAUAAUGUGGACUACCCUGUACACAGGCAUGGGUUACGCUUCAUACUUGGUGUGGAAUGACUUAGGGGGCUUCAACAGCAAAGCCGUCAUCCCGCUGGGCCUCUAUGGGGCUCAGCUUGCCUUGAACUGGGCUUGGACUCCCCUAUUCUUUGGCGCUCAUAAGCUAAAACUGGCUCUGGUGGACAUCAUGUGCCUAUAUGGCCUGGUGCUUGGCACCAUGUACUCUUGGUACCCCAUUAACAAGACGGCGACAAUGCUAAUGGUGCCUUACCUGGCCUGGCUGACCUUGGCUUCUUCUCUCACCUUCUGCAUCUGGAGGGACAAUCCUGAGGAGGAAAAAGGAAAGAGUGACUAAGACAAAAAGAGGAGCUGGUGAAAUAAGGUCAUUCUAUGACACCAACCCAUCCUGAUGUGAUGUGGUGAACCAAGAGCUGACAGCCUGGAGGUGGUUAAUUUUAUUAAGAUGGGCACCUGAACAUACAUCUUAUUUGCAUAGGGCAGAUAGGGAAAAGUUUGCACAAUGCAAUGGGAUGUCCCUUUAAGGCUACCAUAUACCUUUAACCUGAGAACCCCUGCCUCUCUUUUUCUUCAACAGUGCUGGGGUUUGGGGGUUACAGCUCUAUGGUGGCCUUAAAGGGACACUAACAGCUUAAAUCUCAUAGGCCAAUUUCUGCUCUGUUAUGCCACUAUAAAUUCAGAGUCACUCCACUGAAGACAAUGGAGUUAUUCUGGAUUUAUAUCAGUGCAACUGAGAUCAGAAUUUGCUCGCAUACAUUAAAAAAAAUUCUCACUUGUGUGACGAAAAACACCUGAGAUGAUUAAAACAGGACAAUUUUUACAAACGUAAUGGCUUUUUGCCAUUUCUGCUGUUUAAUUUUUGCAUAAGACUCAGUUUGGACUUUUUACCAUUAGCCAUUAACUUCUCACCAUCUAGCCUGCUUGCUCAUUAAUUGCCAUUCUCUCUGCCUGUAAAAUGAAAAUGGUCAGGUUCAUUUUCUGCUUUUAGUCUAUUUGUGCUUCUUGGUUUUCAUGCCCCUGUACAAUGCUGCAAUGACUGGAGUGCAAAUAACUAUACUGAAGGGAAAUGUUUAUAUGUUCCACCUCCAAAAUACCCUCCCCACAAACCCUCCCCCCUCUGCAUUCACUGAAAUAAAACAUCCCACAAAACA